AUGCAACCUGAGUCUACAUCUAUGCGGUACCGCUUGGCUGCAAUCCUUGGUGCUCUGAUUUUCUACUCCGCGUUCCUUCUCCCUGAACGAAGCUUCGCUUAUGCUUCCGCCUCGAGUUCCGUAACCUGGGACAACCAGACCGAUGCGAUCCUUCGGGAAGAUGCACAACCUUUCCCAUACGCCCUUGGGUCAUACACUGGAGUCGAGAUAAGGGAUGUCGUCGACGAAAACGGGAAGGCUCGAGGCCUUGACCUUGUUCGCCGGGUUCCCUCUGGCGUACCAUCCCUAGGCAACAAUCAAUACAAGACGAGCGAUAUCAAGCUCGGAGAGAUCCAAUGGUGGUACUUCCCCGAGGAGUCGGUGAACGGCAAGAAAGCCAACAGUACGACCGGACUUCCGGAGCGGAUAACAGAGGGCCAAACGAGCGAUGAGGCCGUCGACUCGGAUGAGCUGCGAAAGCGGGACGGAGGCCUCGCAAAACGGGCGGCUACGGUCUAUCUUUCUCUGACGAUGUGCUCGAAACCGGAUGUCAACAAGACCAGCAGCAAAGCGUUGGACUCUAUUCCGCCGCUACCGGAGCUGAAUCUCUAUGUCUCUACGUUCGAGUCGCUGCAAAAGCCUGGGCCUGGCCAGGAUAUCUUGAAGCAGAAAGUAUAUACGGCCGAAGAGGGCUAUGUCGCAACUACGGUGGAAGCCAGUGGGGACGUCUUCGUCGGUGUCGCCGUUCAAAAUUCGACGGCGUACUCUGGGUUCUAUACAUACGAGAUCGCAGCGUCGAUUGACGAUUAUUUCCACAGUGUCGCCAACGAGCCGUUUCUGUACUUUGUCGACUCGGACGUCCAUGCUGCACUGUUGACAACAGACAACCUGACGUUUUCCAGUGCGGGCAGCGAGAACUAUCAGCAAUGGAUGAACCUUACGCCGCCGUUUACCAUGUUUGCGCACAAUGUCAACGACACGGCCAUUUCAGGUCUGCAACGGUCCUAUUGUGCUCUCGACCAAUGGGCCCAGAUCGGGAAAGGUGACCACGAGGUGGAGGCCGGAAUGAUAAACAGGGGCCUCGGGAAUAAGCCCAAGGAGCAGUUCUACAUCACUAGCCUCAACCAAAGUUCUCACUACCAGGGAAUCUUGGCGAUGGAUGGGAACUCGACCAACUCGGGGAAUGGAAUAGUCGGCGGCGGAGGAAAGGUCUGGAAACCAAUGUCCUUUGCUACCAAAAAAGAUGAUAACUGUGCCGUCCUCUUCAACCUCUCCUUCUGCUCCGAAGUUGCGUAUGCAGUCCCAUCAAACCCUCAACUCGGGGUCGAUGCACUGCGCUCGACGUACGAUAACUACGCUGCUUCUCUGUACAAGAACUUCUCGUACUCUCUGGAUCAAAUCCAGUGCAACACGUCAAACGAGACCAGUUUCUCGUUGGCCGUGGGAUGCAACGACUGCGCGGACGCCUACAAGCAAUGGCUCUGCGCGGUGACCAUCCCGCGCUGUGCCGAUUUCUCUAGCACAGAGGGGUUCCUCCGGGUCCGCAAUGCCGCCCAGCCGUUCAUCAACGGCAGCUCACUUGACCCCGACGAUUCCCGACGGGGCGAUCCCGCGCAGAACGCGUCACGCAACCCCAUGAUCGAUAGCGACGUCCGCCCGGGCCCGUACAAGGAGAUCCUCCCGUGCCGGGACAUCUGCUACAACCUGGUGAAGCGCUGUCCCUCCGCCUUGGGGUUCAGCUGCCCGCAGAACGGAUGGUUGGACUCGGCGUAUGGCCAGCGCAUCUCAAACAGCGAUAUCACCUGCAGUUAUCCGGGCGCGGCCUAUGAUCUCAACGCGGGCUGGACCUUGCACGAGCCUCUGGGCGUGGCUCUGCUCGCGCUGGGCAGUUUCUGGGUCUCAUUCUGGUUCUCGACGUAG